AAUUAUCUCACCCUUUUACACCAUACACGUAUAGUUUAUUCACUUAGCACUAUGAGUAACAGCAGAUCGGCUUCGGCCGCCCCGUUCCUCAAGUUCUACUCGCAGCACCGGCAGAAGUUGAUGAACAUCUCGCUCUGCGCGCUCCUCAUCGCUGGUGUCUCCACCGCAACUUCUUCCGAACCCGCGGCCAAGAAAUCCAAAGCAUUGGAAAAGGUGUCUGAUAAAAAAGAUAAACCUAAGCCGCACUUGCGCAUUUCCAGAGCCGGGUGGUUGCGCCUCAUCAAGUCCUCCAUCCCCAGCUAUACCGACCCCGCAGUAUACUAUUUUAUUCUCCAUCUCUUCGCUUUGAUCGCCAGGGCGUUCCUCUCCUUAGAGGUUGCCUCGCUCGACGGUAAGCUUGUGGCGGCGUUGAUUUCCAAGAAGACCAAAAAGUUCUUACGGUUGUUAGUCCAGUGGAUGCUUUUGGGGAUCCCGGCGGCGAUCGUAAACUCGGCCCUUCACUACUCCCAGUCCUCAUUGGCCAAGUACUUGCGGGUGAAUUUAACCACGAGCUUGACGGACGCGUACCUCCCAGAUAACUUGGAGCCUAAUUACUACACGUUGAUGACCCUCGACGGGCGGAUCAGUGAUCCAGACCAACGCAUUUCCACAGACGUUGCGCGUUUGAGUCGUGCCGCGGCGGCGUUGCCCGGCCAAAUAUUAAAACCCACCUUGGACUUGGUGCUUUGUGCCGGCCAGUUGUUCAACACCGGGGUGGGCGGAGCCGAGGGGACCGUGGCGCUCGGGUUGCUCACCCACUUCUCCUCCAUCUUACUCAAGUUUGCGUCUCCUUCCUUUGCCAAGUUGGCCUCGGAGCGGGCCCGCUUGGAGGGUGCCUUGCGCUCCACCCACUCCAAGGUCGUCACCAAUGCCGAGGAAAUCGCCUUGUUGCGUGGCCACGAGCGUGAAUUGGAUACCCUUGACAAGGCUUACUACGAGUUGGAGCGCUUCAGUAAAACCGAAUACAAGAAGCGCGCGGUCUACGACGUGGCGCACGAUUUCAUCGUGAAGUACACCUGGGGUGCGGCCGGACUCGUUCUUUGCUCCGCGCCUGUCUUUGUGAACAAGUAUUUGGGACAUAAACAGAUUGCCGAGACCGUUUCCGCGCAGUUCAUUACCAACAGAAGAUUGCUCGUGAGUGCCUCUGACUCGUUAGGGCGCCUUAUCUUGGCAAGAAAGUUUGUGGCGGAGGUUGUGGGUCACGCCUUUAGAGUGGCCGAGUUCCAGGACAUUUUGACCGCCAUCACCAACGGCGAGAGUGCCGAGGGGAAGAAACCAAUCCAGGCAAACGGGAAGCCUGUGGUGUACGAUGACCCAAUUAUGGAUCCAUCGUCCAAGGGGACCAUCAAAAACUCUUCAGAGGAGAUUGGGUUCUACGGCGUUCCGCUCAUCACCCCUGCCAAUGUCGCACUUACCAGAUCGCUCACCUUCAGAGUGAAGCACGGCCAGCAUUUGUUGAUUGCCGGGCCUAACGGCUGCGGUAAGUCGUCCUUGUUUAGAGUUCUCGGUGGCUUGUGGCCGGUGAGAGCCGGAACGCUCAUCAUCCCAGGCAUCGAUGACAUGUUCUACUUGCCUCAGAGAGCGUACCUCUCUCGCGGAACCUUGCGCGAACAAGUGGUCUAUCCGAGCACCAUCGCAGAGUUCCGUGAAAAGGGCCACACUGACUCCCAGUUGCUUGAGAUCUUGAAGGUGUUAGACUUGGACAACUUGAUCACCGAAAACAUGUCGCUUGCGCUCAACAAGAACAUCCAGGUGAACCCAUGGGACUUGGUGAGAGACUGGCCAGAUGAGUUGUCUGUUGGUGCCCAACAGCGUCUUGCCAUGGCCCGUUUGUACUACCACAAACCAAAGUUUGCCGUUUUGGACGAGUGCACCUCUGCCGUGUCUCCGGAAAUGGAGCAGUUCAUGUACACACACGCCCAGGACUUGGGAAUUUCGAUCCUCUCUGUGGCCCACAGAACCGCGUUGUGGCACUUCCACGACUUGUUGUUGAAGUUUGACGGCAAGGGGGGGUACUAUUUUGGCAAAUUAGAUGCCACCGAGAGAUUAAAGUACGAGGACGAACGUUUGGACUUGGACAAGAAGUUGAGAGAGGUUCCAUAUUUGAACGAGCGUUUGAAGCAGUUGAAGACUGCCCAGGUUUCGCAAGAAGUCAAGAGAACGAACUCAUCGUUAAGCUUGAUGAAGUUGCACGGUGCUAGUAGUGGGAACUUGAAGAAAUUGAAGGGCAAGUCUCACUAACUGAAAGUGUCUGUUCGACGUUCCUCGUGCACCUCAACGGUCUUGUGAGGACAUGGCAUUUGCUUUGAUAGAUCAUAUAUAUUCCAGGUAGUAA